AUGGAUGCGUCUACCCAGACCCAGUGCCAAGUGUGGAGAAGACACUUCUCUCUACAAACAGGAGGAGAAGCAGGAUGGGACGGACGAGAGGAGAGAGGAAAGGGGGAGGAGGUGGAGAGAUUUGAGAGGUUACGUGGAGAGCAAAAACGAGAAAUCAGCGGCAGAGGAAAGGAAAAGAGAACAAACACACAAAACUCCGACACACAAACAAAACGCCCAAAAGAAAAGGGGACUCAAACUUUCAUGUGGAGAUUACGGAGUAUCGACACAGAAGCUCACCAAAGGCCAAGCCGAGACCGAGUCCUCGAGGAAAUAGCUCGGCAUAGGUCCACGCAAGAAAUUUGCGCGGAGAUGACCAUGCCGAAAAUUGUGUCACCAAUAUCCAACGAUUCCCCGCCGUCCAACUUGAAAAAAAAAGAACAAAUGGAGCGAAAAAGAGAGUUAGAAGCAAAGAGAAGGAAGCAAUACAAAGAGGAAAUGGAAAAAAUGGAAAAACUAAAGAACAAUGGAAGAGAGUGGGAGCAAUGGGGCGUCGGAGAAUUCAAUUGGAAAGAAAAUGAAGUAAAAAAGGAGAUAGCGCCAAUAGAGAGAGGCACGAAGAAAGAAGAAAGCGGGGGAAAGAAUCAGAAAACAAGUAAAAUAAAAAAACGAGAGUCUGAACAUGCCAGAAAAGAGCAAGAACGAUUGAUGAAGAAGCAAAAGAAAAUCUAUAAAGAAGAAGGAAGUCAGGAGAAGAAAGGGGCAAGCAAAAAGGAACGGCGAGAUAUACAAGGCAAAGUGGACUCAAAGAAAAGGGAAAACAGCGAGAUAAACAAACAAGAAGAAGAAAGCGCGAUAGGAGUAAAGACGGAAGAUGGAGGUGGGCUGAGUAAGAUGUCGGUAGGAAGGAGUCCACAAAUGCAGAUCCAGCCUCAGAGCCUGUUGACUCUGCAGGGAAAUAACUGGAUAGAUGACGAAGUGAUCAACUCCUACAUGACGCUGAUCGUUGAGCGGUCACGAAAAAAUCCAGGGAAGAACGGCGAAGUGCAUUCCAUGAGCUCCUUCUUUUACUCUCGUCUCCAGGAGGGAGGAUAUUCGGCGGUUCGCCGGUGGACUCGGAAGAUCGAUCUCUUCUCUUUUAAUAAGAUCCUCGUGCCCCUGCAUUUCGGCGACCAUUGGUGCCUAAUAUCGAUCGAGAUGUCGAAAAAAAGAAUCAAAUUCUUCGACAGCCUCCACGGAAGGGACAGGGGUAGUAUGACGGUCGUGUUAAAUUAUUUGACCCAGGAAGCCGAAGAAAGAAGACAUCCUGGAUUCAAACAAGAAGAAUGGCUGAUGAUGACGAGAAAGGAGAUUCCCCGUCAAAGGAAUAACUUCGAUUGUGGGGUUUUCACUUGCCUAUUCGCGGCAUAUGACGCCACUGAUCGCGCAAUAGACUUCACACAAGAAGAUAUGAAAGACAAAAGAAAAAAAAUCGCUAGAGAACUUAUAGCGAACGAAUUAGAGAGCCCUUAA